AUGGAAAAUGUACAGAUUGGUGAUAUCACACAGCUUGAUUUCUGGAAAUCACCCACCAACCUAAGGCAGACAGCCCAUGUCCGAGUUCCCUUUGUCAGCAUCCAGGCAGUCAAAGUUCUCCUGGAGUCCCAGGGAAUUGCUUAUUCCAUCACGAUUGAAGACGUUCAGGUUCUGUCGGACAAAGAGAAUGAAGAAAUGUUAUUUAAUCAGAGAAGAGAAUGGAAUGGUAACUUCAACUCUGAGGCUUAUCAUACCUUGGAAGAGGAUUGCACAGCCAGUAUCAGUGUCACUGCCUUAAGGCAGGACCUGAAGCCCACCUGCUCAUCCCAGCAGUCAUCCCAUUAUUUUGGAGGUGUCCAGGGGCGUCUUAAAUUUAAGAUUUCCCAAGAAUUGGAUCACCUCGUUGCUGAGCACCCUGGUCUAGUGAGCAAAGUGAAUAUUGGCCAUUCUUUCGAAAACUGGCCCCUGAACGUGCUCAAGCUCAGCACUGGAGGAGACAAGCCAGCCAUCUGGCUAGACACCGGAAUGCAUGCUCGAGAGUGGGUUACACAAGCUGUUGCACUGUGGACAGCAAAUAAGAUUGCUUCUGAUUAUGGAAAUGGUCCAUCCAUCACUUCCAUUUUGGACAUGGUGGAUAUCUUCCUGCUGCCAGUCACAAACCCUGAUGGAUAUGUGUUCUCUCAUUUAAAGAAUCGUGUGUGGCACAAGACCCGGUCCAAGGUAUCUGGCAGCCCCUGUGUCGGUGUUGAUCUGAACCGGAACUGGGACGCAGGUUUUAGAGGACCUGGAGUCAGCAACAACCCCUGCUCCGAUUCAUACCACAGACCCAGUGCCAACUCUGAAGUUGAAGUGAAAUCCAUAGUGGACUUUAUCAAGAGGCAAGGAAACUUCAAGGCCUUCAUUACCUUUCAUAGCUAUUCCCAGCUGCUAAUAUUCCCGUAUGGGUAUGCAUGUACCAAGUCAGAUAACUUUAAUGAGCUGAAUGAAGUGGCCCAAAAGGCUGCUCAACCUGUGAGAAGCCUGCAUGGCACCAAGUAUCAAGUGGGACCUAUCUGCUCAGUCAUCUACCAAGCCGGUGGAGGAAGCAUUGACUAGUCUUAUGACUUUGGCAUCAAAUACUCAUUUGCCUUUGAACUAAGAGGCACAGGUCGAUAUGGCUUCCUCUUGCUGGCCAAUUAGAUCUUGCCUACAGCUGAAGAAACCUGGCUUGGCUUGAAGACAAUCUUGGAGCAUGUGUGAGACCACUCCUAUUAGGGC